AUAAGAUACACACAAUUGAUUUUUGCAACUUUCUUAAGAUUCAAAUUCAACCAGGAAAUGAUAUCUUUUUGGAUUUUGGAACAUAAAAUGGUUAUCAUUACUUACAGUCGUGAGAUAAAGGUGAAAAAGUUCCUAUAAAAGGGAGAAACCCAUGACUACUGGCAUCAGUAAUUCAUUGAACACAAUUCAAUAUGAAUCUAAGUUGGAUUGUUUUGGGAACUCUUGUUUCCCUCGUUGCAUCUGCCCCUGAGGGUAGGAAAAGUUCCAUCACAACGGAAUCAAUUGUUAAAGGAUAUGGAUAUCCUUUUGAAAAGUUCACCGUUAAGACAUCUGACGGGUACAAAUUGGGCCUUCACCGAAUUCCCUAUUCACCCAAACAGAACGCAACUGGAGAAGAAGCACCAAAUACACGCCCAGUUGUUUUUCUAAUGCACGGUCUACUCAGUUCAUCCGCUGAUUGGGUUGUAAUUGGCCCUGAACACAAUGCCCUCGCUUUUGUUCUCUCCGAUGCUGGUUACGAUGUUUGGUUGGGCAAUGCUCGUGGAAACGUCUAUUCUAAAAAACACGUUCUGAAGAGUCCGCUGAUGAAGAGUUUCUGGAACUUUGAUUGGCAUGAAAUUGGCAUGUAUGACUUGCCAGCUAUGAUCGACCAAAUUCGCACUACGACCGGACAUGAAAAGAUCAUCUAUGUUGGCCACUCCCAAGGAAGCACUUCAUUCCUUGUGUUGAACUCAUUGAACCCAGACUUCAAGCAUCGCAUCAAGUCUGCUCACUUCUUGGCACCAUUGGUUUACACAUCACACUCCAAGUCUCCGCUUUUCCAAUUGGGUACGUUAAUGGGACUACCAAACUAUUCACCUUAUCUUACUGGCAGCAUGGAACUUUUACCAAAUACGAAAUUCUUAGAACUACUUGGUAAGGGAGUGUGUCAAAAAACAUCACCCGUUAUUCAAGUCUGUUCAAGUCCUUCCUACCUUCUUGGAGGCUUUGAUACUGAAAAUCUUAAUGUCGACAAAGUACCUGAUGUUAUUGCUGUGAAUCCAGCUGGAUCGUCUGUCAAUCAAGUCUACCAUUUCAUGCAGGUGAAGAACUCUGGAAAAUUCCGUCAAUUUGAUUAUGGUAUUGCUCGUAAUUUGGUGAAAUAUAGCAGCGCCAAGCCACCACACUAUCCAAUUGAUAAAAUCGAUGUUCCAAUCUAUUUGUACUCUGCUCAAAAUGAUUAUUUGGCUACAGAGGCUGAUACUGAGAGACUUAUAAAGGAACUGCCUGCAACAAGUUUAAAACAAACUUAUGUUGCUCCACACCCGAAAUGGAAUCAUUUUGACUUUUUGUGGGGACUGAAUGUUAAAGAACAAGUCUAUGAUACUCUUGUGGAGAACAUGGCUGAAAUUCAAUAAGCAAAAUAAGAAACAUUUUUUAGCAGUCUUUUGUGACUUAUCUUUAAAUAUAUUGCAGACUUCUUCACAGAUGUCAACUUAAAAAAAUGUAAAAAUAAUAAUAAAAUAUUGAGCAUUACAAAAUUGUUUUAUCUAUUGAACUUGGGAAAAAAUUUAGAAAAAUUUAAAAUUUAGUUCUGCAAUGUUUUUUUAAAAACUUUUUCUGAACAUCGUUUUAAGGAAUCAUGUCAUUUUUAAGCCUCUAUAUUGCACUGGAAUCCACUGCUACUACCUUAAAACUUAUAUUUUUACACCUAUUUUAAAUAGUGAAAGACCUUAAAUAUUUACUCUAA